AGGGCAACUUAGAGGCCACCGCCAGAACUGAGAGGCCAAGUCCUCUCCCCUGGCUCUAGGACAGGAGGCACCUUGCACUGACCCCAGUUUCAGCCUCACCCCUCCAUCCCCAGUGGCAGGGAAGGGUCCAGUAGGCAGCACAGACUCAGUGAAGCUGGAACUCACCCUGGCCCGGGACCAGCUCCUCUCACGCCGACGUCACUCCUUCCUUCAGCAGACCCUGGCAGCUCCUUCUUCACAAUAUUUCCAGAAGCCACCCUUCCUCUCUCCUCCCUGGUCCCUCCCUGGGCCCUCCCUGGGCCCGUCCGCUGCGACUCAGAGGCACAGCAGCCACUUCACUGUCUGCCCUGCUCCCUGGGCCCCACACAAAGCCAGAGCAGACCCUGUGGGACCCCUGUGUUGGGUCACACCCCUCCCCUGCCCAGAGCCCUCAUGUUGCUCCAUCUCACUCAGGGGAAAGGACACUUGUCCCCGUGAUCCACAAAGCCCCACCUGAUCCGCCCCCUGCCUUCCACUUCAGCCCACUUCUUGUCGUGCUCUGGUCCGGCCUUUCUAACUCUGCAGACUUGUUCCUGACUCAGACCCGUGCACUUGGCAGUGCCUCCUCUGGCUACUUUUUCCCUCAAUCUUGGGCGAAUGCCUCCAUUUGAUCACUCAGGCCUUGGCCCAAAUAUCCUCCUCAAAGAGGACUUCCCUGACGGGCCAAAGUAAAUCCCCUAGCACUCGUGAUGCAGGAGUCUGCGGUCAUUUCCUCCUUCCUUAGGCUGUUUGAGUGUUGUGUCUGCGCCUCUCAAUUGUCUGCUCCACAAGCACAGGGAGCUUGGCCAGUUUGUUCACUGCUGGAGCCCCCGGCUUUGGAAGAGGGCUGGGCAUAUAGUAGGUGUUCAAUAAAAAGCACUGACGUGAAGGUGCUGGGCGCUGUCUAAAUUACCUUACGCACUCCUCACCUCCUGCCAAGCCUCACCUGGAGGAGGGGGUCACCAGGCCAAUUUCACAAAGGAUGCAACCAAUCCUAGAGAGGUUGGGCGGUUCUCCCAGGGCCACGCAGCUGGUAGUGGUGGAGCAGGGAUUCAGGCAAAGUCCAGCCACCACCUCGGAGGAAGUAGGUUUACAAGGCCCAGGUUUGCAGACGAGGAAGCGGCCAAAGAAGAGGAGUUGCCUGAGUUUACCUGUUAAGCAGCGCCGCUGGAUUCGAACCCAGGUGGCCGCCCUGCAGCUGUCACCCUGCCACAGGCAGGGAAGGGGCAGUGGUGACGUCACUUCCUCCCCUGCGGGGCCACGGGCCUGGGUUAUAAGCAGCUGCCCUGCCGUCCAGCACAGCACCGAGCACCGAGCACCGAGGUCCGGACGCCCCACCAUGCAACGCCGCGGGCCCACCUCCGUGCUGCUCCCGCUGCCACUGCCCCUGCUGCUGGCGCUGCUGCUGGGGGCAGCCACCGCUGCUCCAUUGGCGCCAAGACCCUCCAAGGAAGAGCUGACCCGCUGUCUAGCAGAGGUGGUCACAGAAGUGCUGACACUGGGCCAGGCCCAGAGAAGCCCCUGCACAGCUCUCCUCCACAAAGAGAUGUGUGAGACAGAGCCCUAUGGCUGUGUGUCCAGCAAAGAGAAAGCCCUACUGGUUGAGGAUUUCAAGAAGCAAGAGGCUGGGAAGACGAGGUCCAGCCAGGAGAUGAGGGAUGAGGAAGAGGAGGCCGCAGAAAGGGCCCACAAGUCCGAGGUGCGGGAACAGACCAUCCAUGAGCAGCUUCAGAGCCGGCUCCACCAGGAAGAGGACAACGAGGAAGAGGAAGAGGAGGAGGAGGAGGAGGAGGAGAAAAGGAAGAAGAGGGGGCACAUGGAAUCCUUUGAAGGCCUGUGGAAGCGGCGCCUAGAGGGCAGAGGGGGCCCCCAAAAGCGAGUGGCAGAGCAGGCCAGUGACGAGGAGACAGCCCAGUUUGAGGCAGAAGAGAAGGGCCUGCAGGUGCUAGGCGGGGGCCGCAGUCUGUGGCAGGGGGCCGAGGCGGGUGGAGAGAGGCACGACGACUCGCCGCACCACCACCACCUCCACCAGCCGGAAGCUGAGCCCAAGCAGAAGGAAGAGGCUUCGGAAAAGGAGGAGCAUGACAUGGAGCGGCUGGAGCAUGUGAGAGAUGAGCUCAAGAAGGCAACUGAGAUUCUGGGGGAGGAGAUCAGGAGGGAGGGAUGACCCCCGACUUCAUGGCCUCCUUCCCGGCCCACCCUACGGCUUAGGACUAUGGACCCCCAAAGCUCACCUACCAGCCCACUCCAUGCCCAACUGCAGGAAUGGGGAGAAGGGUGUGCCAUGCAAGUGGGCUCAAGGGGCCGAGUCUGAGCUGGGGAGAGGGGCUGGCCUCAUGCUGACUCAGGACAUACCCGGCCACCCAUGUAACCCAUUCCAACCCUUCUGUGUGGAUAAAGCACAAAGAAAACCA